AAAGUAAAAAAUCUUAGAAACAAAUAUUCAAAUAAGGGUCUUUUAGAAAUUUAUUUGAAGAUUGCAAAAAAUAAUCCUGAAUUCCAUAUUGAGGCCAAGUAUAAAAUUGCAUUUCACCAUAAAACUCAUAGGAAAUACAAAGAUGCACUAAAAAUUGCUAAAGAAAUUCCUGAUGACUACAAAAAUAUAAAGAUGCUUAUGGCUUCUUGCUAUAAGAAAAUUAAUGAUGUAGAAAGUGCUUUUAAACUCUAUAAAGAAAUUGCAGAUAAAAAUAUAUCUUCACAAUUAGAUGCCAAUGGCUGUGAUCUGCAAGAUUUUUGGCCUGCAGAACCAAAAGAGCCUAAAAUUGGUGCGAGUGGUGUUUAUUGA